GGUAUGGCUUCAGCAGCCUACUUAUUAAAAUAAAAAUUGUUUAAAUAGAGUUUAUGAAUGGAGCAGUCACAUGUUAUCUUUCACGUUUAUCGAUUGAAGUUGAACAGAAAGUACUCCAAAUCUAAAACUGUGAAUUAAAUAAUUGCUACUGGAGAUCAUUAUGUCGUCGUAUUACGUUUAUAUAUUAAUAUAUUCGUUCAUCUUUUUUCAAACUGGAGUCAUGAAUCUAAGUCAAAUUUCUUUCGCAACGCCGGAAUGCGUGUACUACAAACCCGGAUGCUUGGCCUCUGAUUCUUGUCAAGUUCUUGGCAGACCAGGAGAAUACUACUGUUGUAAAACUGGCACUUGUUGCGAUUUCUCGGAAUGUAGAAACACAGACAUUAAUUGCUAUGGAGCGGUUUGUGACGACUACAACACGUGCUGCCGCGAUAUAUCAUAUGGCAGUUGCUGUUCGAAUCUGGAGGGUCAAGUUCGACUGUCUGAUGGAAAUGUACCUCAUGAAGGAAGAGUAGAAAUAUAUCACUCAGGAACUUGGGGAACAAUAUGUGAUGAUGGUUGGGAUGAAAACGACGCAGAAGUUGUUUGUCGGAUGCUGGAGUUUCCUGGAGUGAUAUCAGCGCCUUUAUAUGCUUUUUAUGGUGAAGGAACUGGUCCAACAUGGCUCAGUGAGGUUGACUGCGCUGGAACUGAAAUGUCGUUGUCGGAUUGUACUCAUAAUUCGUGGGGCGUUCAUCACUGUGGACACAACGAAGAUGCGUCUGUCAAAUGUUUACCUAAUGUUCGUUUAGCUGACGGGCAACUCAACAAAGGGCGCGUGGAAAUAUUUCACGCGGGUGUAUGGGGAACAAUAUGUGAUUUCGGUUGGGAUAUAGAAGAUGCAAAAGUUGUUUGUAGGGCCCUUGAGUUCCCAGGAGUUAUAUCUGCACUAAAAAAAGCGUAUUAUGGAGAGGGCACGGGUCAAAUUUGGUUAAACAACGUCAACUGUGAUGGGAACGAAGUGUUAUUAGACCAAUGUGCACAUAAUGGUUGGGGAUCACAUUUUUGUUCACAUGACGAUGACGCGGCUGUAGAGUGUCUAUCAACAGUUCGUAUAGUAGGUGGAAAUGAGAUAAAUGAAGGAAGGGUGGAAAUAUAUCACGAAGGAAUAUGGGGCACAAUAUGCGAUGAUUCCUGGGAUAUUAACGAUGCGGAAGUUGUGUGUAGAAUGCUAGGAUUUCCUGGUGCAACGUCUGCUCCUGUUGAAGCUUACCACGGGGAAGGUGAUAGUCAAAUAUGGCUGAGUAGCGUCUCGUGCUCAGGAAAUGAACAAAGAUUGGAAAAUUGUAAUCACGGUUCUUGGGGGUCACAUCAUUGCACCCAUGCUGAAGACGCGUCCGUACAUUGUCUUCCUACAGCUCGACUUAUUCUCGAUGGAGACGAGAUCAACGUCGGGAGAGUUGAGAUAUAUCACGCUGAGGAAUGGGGAACAAUCUGCAGCAAUUCAUGGGGUAUAAAUGACGCAGAAGUUGUGUGCAGAAUGAUAGGCUUUGUCGGAGUAACAUCUGCACCAACAUUUGCUUUCUAUGGUCCUGGAACUGAUCAAAUAUGGCUAAAUAACGUUGGUUGCAGCGGCAAUGAAAGGAGAAUCGAAGACUGUCCACAUAGUGGAUGGAGUUUAAAUAGCUGUUCCCACACAUGGGACGCGUCUGCGGCCUGCUUUUCUACCGUCCGGCUAGUCGAUAGUGGCGUAGCUCACAAAGGAAGAGUUGAAAUAUUUCAUGACGGUUUAUGGGGAACAAUAUGCGAUGAGUACUAUUGGGACAUAAAUGAUGCAAAGGUUGUUUGUAAAAUGCUUGGCUUCCCUGAUGUUAUAUCAGCACCCACGUCAUCGUUUUACGGACCAGGUACUGGACAGAUUUGGCUUUAUGGUGUCCAAUGCACUGGGUAUGAAGCUACUUUAGAAGACUGCCGCCACAAUACUUGGGGAAGCGUUGGGUCUUCAUGUAAUCAUGGAAAUGAUGCCUCCGUUGAGUGCAUUUCUACUGUUCGUAUAGUAAAUGGCAAUGGAAUUAAUGAAGGAAGAGUAGAAAUAUACCACGAAAAAGUAUGGGGUACAAUAUGCGAUGAUUCUUGGGAUAUAAAAGACGCGGAAGUUGUGUGUAAAAUGAUGGGAUUUCCGGAAGCAAAGUCUGCUCCUGUUCAAGCUUAUUAUGGAGAAGGGGUUGGUCAAAUAUGGCUGAGUAGCGUCUCUUGCUCUGGGGAUGAACAAAGGCUGGAAAAUUGUAAUCACCCUUCUUGGGGAUCACAUCAUUGUACCCAUGCUGAAGAUGCUUCAGUAUGUUGUCUUCCUACAGUGAGACUGAUUGAUGGUAGUACUUCUCAAGAAGGACGGGUUGAGAUAUAUCAUGAUAAUGUUUGGGGAACAAUAUGUACUGGUUCUCGAUCUUGGGACUCUGAUAAUGCCAACGUCAUUUGUAGAAUGCUCGGGAUGUCCAAUGGAAAAUCGUUGGAAAACGCAUAUUUUGGAGAAGGUUCGGGAAAAAUAUGGCUUUCGUAUAGAAUUUAUUGUACCGGAUUUGAAGAAACUUUGGAAGAUUGUGAACAUGCAUCUUGGGGAGAUGUCGACUGUGAACACAAUACAGAUAUCUCCGUCCAAUGUUCGAUAUCAAUAGAAGAUACAGAAUCCGGGAACUUUUGGAUUCUCGGAGUUAUGUGGGGAAUUAUUCUAAUCCUGUUGUUUAUUCCUGUGUACAUGUUUAAAGAUUCAUUACGAGAAUUGCUUGAGGAUAUUUUGGAAAUUACUUAUGAUGGUUUGAUAUUUUUACCUAUGCUACCAUACAGAACUUAUAAAGCUUGCUGUAAAGAAGACGAUUAUCCAGUCAAUAUGAUACCGCGGCAACCGCAAACUACGAUUCCUGCGCGACCACAACCGCUGGCACGUCCAGUCACGCCAUCAGAAAUAAGCAAUGACCAUGUAUAUUAUAUCCAACCAAGUCCAGAAUCGGUAAUACCCUCAGCUCCACCUAUGUCAUGCAGUGAACUGUCAUCUCCAUCGGCGCCCAGCACUGAACAUGAACCGGUAACGAACAAUACUCAGGAAAUUUCAGAAGACAGGAUUUGUGUUAUCUGUCUAUCAGAAGAAAAGAAUGUUUUCUUUGGGCCUUGUGGUCACGUGUGUUGUUGUAAUGGCUGCGGAAUGAGGAGUGAUGUAACAGAUUGUCCGAUUUGCAGAAACAGAAUUGAGCAUCGACAAAGAACAUUUUUAUGAAUACACAGUACAAAAACACAGAAACAUUUUUCUUCACAUCGUAACAAAAUGCUAUGCUUUGUGUUAUGUUACAAAAUUUUUACACAAAGUUUUGAAACUUUUUGUAUAUAACUUCCAAGGCAAUGACUUAUGUUGUGGUAUUCCGUUACACUAAUAAAAAUAUAUUAUCCAACGUUUUACGGAGCAUUUUAGAUAUUUUGAAUA